AUGUCCCCCUCGGCCGUUCCCUCACCUACCACACAACCACCCCACCUAAACCGCAAAACCACAAACGACAACACCUCCAAAAUCCCCGCUUGGGUAAAACCAGACCUCACCCGCCUCCUCCGCGUAGAACACGCCCCCGGUUCCUUCACUAGCCGCUCCGUCUCCCUCGUCUCCCUCCCCCCGGGCGCCCUCUUCGCCCGCAUCACAAACCCAACCCCCGCAACCGUUGCCUACUCCUCCGUGCAAGCGUCGCGCGACCUACACAUUGAGCUCAACAGCGACCUCGUGUACAUCAACCACAGCUGCGCGCCCAGCCUGGUGUUUGAUAUGGCGCGGUGGGAGAUACGGGUUAGUGAUAAGGGGCAAGGGUUGAAGGAGGGGGAUGAGUUGACCUUUUUUUAUCCGAGUACCGAGUGGGAUAUGGCACAGCCUUUUGAUUGUUUGUGUAAGGAUGAGGUGUGUGUGGGGAGGGUUGGGGGCGCGAAGGAUAUGGAUGAGGGGGUGCUGGCGAGGUAUUGGAUUAAUGCGCAUGUGGAGGAGUUGUUGGAGGAGAGGAGGGGGGUGGUUUGA